AAACAUUUCUCUGUGAAAGCAGUGAUCCAAGAUUUGUAAUUUUGUAAACAAGAAGUGCAUCGUGCCGUGGCGUGGGUCUGCUGGUCCACAACGACGUUCCAGUUUCUUCCAUUGUUACCUGAACGAAGUGAACUCAUAGGGUGGGUGAACGAAAAUGCUCACAAUUCCAACACUAUUGAAGGCUACGAUAGUAGUUGGGCCACUCAUGGUACUCAAGUCACAAGCCUUGUUGAUGAUUUCAUUGUGGCUGUGAAUAUUGUGCUGUCUGACAUUCACCUAGUGCCACAGAAUAUUGGUUGUGAGCAUGAUUCCUGCAAAGACUGACUUACUUAGGACUUGAGUUCUGAUGUGGUGAUGCAAAGUUCUUCUGCCUGGAAGGAAUAGGCCUACAAGUGCCAGUGUUUGCCUAUUACCUACUUGGAUAUGAAUCUGAAAAAUCUUUUUCAAGACUUUAAUCCCAGUAAGUUUGUGGUGUUCAGCUGUCUGCUGGUGUUUACGUUGCUGCUGUCGCUGCGGAUAGAUGGUAGUGUGGACUGGAGCUAUUGGCUUGUCUUCCUCCCGAUCUGGCUAUGGAAGUUGUUAGUGCUGGUGGGAGCGGCUGUGGGUACCUCUGUAUGGCUGCGCAACCCACAAUACAGGUUGGAGGCAGGCAGCAGCAGCCAGUACAAAGGCAUGAUCCUGUCAUGCGCCGAACACCUGGGUUUGGUCAUGUUUGAGGUUUUGGCCGUUGUCAACCUCCAGUGGGCAAGUGUGGGCUGGCUACUCGUCUUCAUCCCGCUCUUCGUCCUCUCGUUCUUCUGCAUUGGCGCCUGCAUCUGGAGGGUCAAGAAUGACCGCUCCUGUGAGCUGGAGCUGUUCUGCUCAGUGAACAUCCUGCAGUUCAUCUUCCUGGCACUCAGACUAGACGACGUCAUAUCAUGGAGUUGGGUGAUUGUCUUCAUUCCGGUGUGGAUUGUGAUGUGUGUGGCCAUGAUAUUUGUCCUGUAUUCUGUGGGUCUGGCCAUCAUCCUACUCCGUUCGCCAGACAUUUUGAGUGAACAACGGCGAGAAAAUGUCUCUACGGCCAUUGGCUAUGUGUUUUUUGUUGUACCCCUACUCGUAUUUGAGGUAAGACGGAUUUACAUUUGUGAGUCGUUACUGUUUUACCCAGGGUGGUUUGGCAUCCGCAAAGACUUUUGCUUGUUCCUGCUGGGGGCGUGUCCGUGCCUGCAGGAGUACGGCAACAUCUCUUACUCCUUACACAGCAACGACUCAGAGUCGCAGCACCAGCAGCAGCAUCGCCACGGCGAUGAUGCAGUCUCGGACCGCGAUCUGCCAGACAUCAAGGUGAAGCAUAAAGGAAAUAAAGACCUUGAGUUGCCGUCACGGGCUGUGUUACCCGUUCUUUCUAUUGAGACGCCCGAUUGACCCCAGCCCAUCCCUUUACGGCAUCAAGGUAUGACCUUGUGGAAUUUGUUGAAAUCCAUACCAGUGGUGAAAAUCGUGUAAAUGUAUAAUAAUUAUGUCAUGACGAUCAAAUUUCAUAAUAGGGACAAAAAAGCUGAAUUGUUUCAGUCUUCUGUUUUAUAUGCCCUUUUUAAAGCCUGGUUCUUCGCUCUUCUUCUAUUGCUUCUGUCUCUGUCUUUCUUUCUCUUAGCACUCUAUGAUCGUUGUUGUGUCGAGGUGCUUCUCGUUACUCAAACUAAACUUAAUCUGCUGUAUAACAACUGUAUAAAGAUAAAGUCAUUGUUGUAUGUUUUAUCUGUUUUACAAGACAACACGGGCAAUGAUGUUAACCCUUUGAACCCCGACAUCCCGAACCUAUAUGUGUCAUGACGCAGUGGAAUCAGGCGCUCGUUAGUUUUAGGGCAUCUGGAGUUACUGGUAUCAUCUCAACACUUUUCUCACACACAAUAUAUAUAGGAAAAACACUUUCCUCCACGCACCACUGAGCUGCCAUUCCAGAAAAAUGGGGGUAGUUCAGUAAAAUGUAGUUUUCUCAGUAAUAAUGGCUCAGAUCACUUUCAAAUUUUCAGCAGUCUUCGAAAAUUGAAUUGACAUAUGUAAUGCAGCGUGGUGGAAUCAGGCGCUCGUCAAUUUUUGGGCAUAUGGAGUUAUUGGUACCAAAUUAAAACUUAUUCAUUUAUUUUGAACGUGGAGACAAAAUUUUUAAUCUGUCUUUAUUAGAAGUGGAGAUAUGUACGUUUAAAGCGAGUGGGGGUCACCCAGCGUAACCGGUGAAAAAAGCGAGAAAAUGGCUGCCAAAGUAUGGCGACUUUAAAAGCUGAACUUUCCAUAGCAGCCGGGGUUGAACAUUGCUCUGAGAGAGAGAGAGAGAGAGAAGACUAAAGAUACACAGACAUGUCAUUGCUUGUUAGCGAUUUUAAUAUAGAUUAAUUUAUAUCCAUUCUAACACCAAAUGAGGACACCGACCACAAAAUUGUGGCUUCAAGCAGGGAGUAUUUCCACUCCAUGAGGGUAGGUCUACUCCAGUUUCAAAAGAGCUAGAUAUUCCUCUGGUUGGUUUCCAGGGUGCAGGGUCAUAAAUGGGGUCACCAAAUACUUGGAGUUCUAGAAUAAAGACUUAAAAUGGAAAGCCACCCCCUCAAAAAAUAUAAAGAAAAAAAAGAAAAAAAAGUACAAUUAAAUAAAUAAAAAAGAAACGGUGAAACCUUACUUUGUUCAAAGCUGCAAUGCAAGUCCAAGUAAUUGAACGAAUAAAACGCUUCAACACCACACUGAUGUAGUUAUAAAGUCAGGUCCAGGCAAUUCCAGGAAUAAAAACACAACACUUCACUGAUUAAAUCAAUUCCUCUGACUUAAAACUACCACACUAGGUUUAACUUCAAAUAACAUUCCAUUAAAAAAAUGUAUAUUCUUAUAAUUAACACAAAACAGUAGGCUCCAUCCUUUUGUUACACAUUCCCUAACUUCAGCCCAAAUGACCUAGUGGUUAAGCUGCUGGUAAAAUGAAUAACUUUUAAAAAAGUGUACAAUUUUAUUUUUUGGCUGUAAGAUGAAUACACGUAAUGUCUAAGUUGUAACCUUACCGAGCACCACUGAGAAAUUUUCCGUCUGCGUUAACACGAGCUUCGGACCGUCACAAUACUGUGGCCGCAGUAAACAUUUUUGUUGUUGUGAUGUGUGUUGAUUGCAGUUGUAGCUGGCUGUGAAGAUGAUCUUGUAGAGUGGUGGCUGUGUGGAUGGUCUUGUAGAGGGGUGGCUGUGUGUUACUGUGGUGCUGGGCAGACAGUGUCCUUGUGUUCUGGCUUGACAAAACACCUUAUGUUGUCAUAGAGGUACUUCUGCCUCUCCUUGCUGAGGCCAGGUCGGGGAAUCACCUCCGGAAAUUGCAGUUCUGCUACUGCUGCCGGAUCCAGGACAACUCUGGUGCCUGGGAGGUCGCUCAUCUUCCGAUGUGCGGUGCACACUUCAGGCUUCCUGGUAGAAAAGCAGAAAUGCUGAUAAGAUUUAAUACCCUUAAAGGGCUUGCCAUGUCUGCCGAAAAAGGCGUGCCAGUCAUACGUUGGAACGUACAGCUGUCCAGCUUCAGUUCCCUCGAGCUGUGGGCGAUUGAUUCUGCUGUGGGUGCUUUCUGAGACGAUAGCCGCCAUCUCCUCCAGACAGGAAACUUCACAGCGCCGGAACUUCCUUUUGAGUAGCCCAAAACACCAGUCAGGGGCAAAUUUUGUGUGACCAGACAGCAUAAAAUGGAGGUUGACAUGGGUGUGCAGGCCAGUCAUGGUUCUCCAAGCCAGGUACUGGAGAAGGUACUGGUUUUUGUUCUGACCUGCACAGUUGUCACAAUGGAGGUCCACAGUCUUCUCCCCGAGACCAUAUCUCUAAAAAAAAAAAAUGCAGAUAAGAAAUGACGGCUGAGCUGCCCUUGCCAGCACUCAUCCCCUCAUCAAUUAAAAAGUUCACCUGCUGAGGGAUGGCCUCGCAGUUCACCCCGAAAAUUCCACACUUCUGUGGAGUUAGAGAAUAAAUCUGUCCUGGCUGCAUGGGGUUGCUUGGGAGAUGCACCUGCUGGGCAAAAUCCUAGCUGUAGUGCAUGGAGAAGUCUCCAGUUAGGCUGAUGGGGCUGCAGAACAACAGGAGUCAGUGCCCUCUGCACAAUCUCCUUACAAUCUCUUACAAUUUUGUUGUACAGGGACCGUUCUGUGGUGACAGCGGUGAGUUGCUCCACCUGGCGCUGUACAACAGCAGCUUUGUCUUCAGUGGACAUGUUGGAUGACCGCUGGAUCUUGGUGUUGUUGUCCUGCACACCCAACAGAGGUUCGUAGCGGGCUUUGUAAUGACGAUGUCCGGGCAGUAGCAAUGCCACUCAGCUUUAAAUGCUGUUAGGCCUACAGCACGAUGGCCUGCAUGAAAGAAAAAGAGAAAACAUUAUUUAAUAUCUAGAAGGUGAGAUUUCUUUAAUAAGAUGGAAACUUUAUGAAUUGAAAAGUGGGUUUUGGAAAACUUUUUUUUUACUCAAUGAUUUGGAAAUUAUCCUGAAGAGGGUACCAACAGGCCCACUGUACUAUGCAUUAAAAAUAGCAGUCUUCUUUAAUGCAAAUGAUUUGCACAGUUGACCUUUGCUUGCUCUGACAUACCCUUAGACUAGGGGUAUUGACAGAAUUUGCAUUUUAUAAGAAAAAAAAGACAGGAAGGGACAGAGGAAAAAAAUGUUUGAAAAAAGAAAGAAGAGAAAACAUGUUCAUGCCCGCAAGGGGAAGGAAUUGAAUCAGGGACCUUAACAUUACCAUAAGAUACCAAGACCAAGCAUUGUCACAAGAAUCAAAGGCUAGGCUAAGAUGUUACAUCUAUAGCAAGAUCUCACAACAGGAAUUACUUUUUACACAAAGUAAUGCGUCACGACGCAGUGGAAUUGGACGCUCGCCAAUUUUUUGGCAUGGGGUUAUUAAUGGCCGCCAAACUUUGGUGACUUCCAAAGCUUGAAUGUCCUUGGAAAUUGCCAAUUUACAUUUUCUGUACCUUUGACCAAAAUUUUUAUGUAAAAUAAACACAGAAAUGUCUUCUUACAUGGACAUAGGUAUUGAGCGAAACAAGAAAAUGAAAAUUCGAGAGAAAAAAAUUGCCCAACAGCCAGAAAAAUGUCUAUUUCCUUGAUUAUGAUUACAUUAUUUUGACAAAUGCCUGAUUUCACCAUGCUGCCUAUAUAUAGUAACAAACAAGAGUAAUUACCAGAACCAGCCAAGGAAUGCUGAUACUUCUGAUGGACAGAGUACUUAGUAUUGCUGGAUGGCAGCAAGCGGAUAUCUGUCCGGGAAAAGCUUGGCACUCUCCCAGGUAGUACUAGGGCAUGGUCCUCAGCAUAUGCCCUCAGGAACCGCAUCAGCCGCUCAACAUCUUCUGCUGUCAGUGCAUGUUUUCUUUGUGGCUUGAUUUUUUUUGUCCUUUCUGCAGCACCGUGUUCAAGGGCAUGCUUCUUCAGGGCGUACAUCUUGUCCCUAGACAUGCAGCAAAGCAGAAGUAAAAUUAAAUUAAAUAAACCAAAAAUACACAAAAAACAAGUAAAUGCUAAACGAAUGCUUGUAAACAACCCAAAAUAUCUGAGGAAAUAAAAGUAGAUAGAUACUUCACAAAAUAAACAACACAAAAUAUCUGAAGAAGUAAAUGUAGAUAUAUAUAUGUCCACAAGAGGUAGAUGGGAGGGCGAGUUGUAAUGGUAACCGGCAACUGGAGCAAAGGUGCCAAUUGACUAAAAAAAGCAACAAUAACAAAACAAAAAAAACAAACAUUUCACACACUUAAAAUAGAACGUCUUGUAACAAUUUUUCAAAUCCAGGUACUAGUGUAAAGGAUAGACACCUCAGUGUUGCAAGGGAGAACUGGGGUCGAUUCUGAGGGAGCUGAAUUUUUACCAAGUGGUCAAAACCCACUUGUAAUUGACGUAAAAUAUACUAAAAGAGAAGGAAAGAAGAAGAAUUCUAAAUUUACCAGAAAAUCAGCACCUGUGAAAUUCCAUGUUCCAGUCUCAGAUUUCGGGAGAUAAUUCUCAUAAUUGAUAGCUAAAUUGUUAUGAUCUACACAGCAUUGAUGGGGGCACAAAAUUAAAUUUUUUUAAAUAAGUAAAACGGUCCAUUUAAAAUAGUUUGCAAUGGCUAGCUGUUAUGUAAAAGUAAAAAGACUUAAGGGGAGGUGGCUAUGGUAUACACUAUCUGGCUAUUUACUUGUCUUUGAGCUAGUUAGUGUGCAUUGGUAUGUUCGUUUGGUCGAAAUGAAGUACCCUGAACCUUAAAAUACACAUUCUCACAUUUUUCCACGGAGUGGCACCACAAACAAAAUACUGAGUCAGCAUUUUACACACAACUUUAUUUUAGGUAGAUCUCAACAACCAUUCAAGUUGUAGGCCUAAUAUUUAGCAUAGUUACACAUGUGGGCAUCCUCUACCACCUUACAAAAGCAGAAUUCAAUUUAUUUCUUCCGUUCCCAAGAUAUUCAUCCCUAAAGUGGGCUAUAAUUGGCUAUAUUAAAAUCUCGGACAUUUCAGGAGAAAUGGACACGAAACUUCUCUUCAUUGAAAAAUUACAAGAUAUAAGUAAAAAAUCUCCUUGUAAGGUGAUAGAUGUACAUCUUCAGAACAUUGUGUCAAAGUUUCAGCCAAUUCUGUCAGUAACUUACAGAGAUCUACUCAAAAUAGUGGGACACGGGUGUAGGAAGGUGUUUUGAGAAAAACGCAAAAAACGAAUUCAAAUGCUCAAAAGUGAGCCAAAAUACAUUUUUAUAGUACAAAACCACACAUAUUAUGAAUACUGAGAAUACUGUCAGCCUUCUCUACAAAGGAGAACCACCUAAUAGCAA